UUGGUUGAUCAAUGCUUGUGGGUCGAACAACAACAAAUAUCUCUGCAGGUUUGCUAACUAGGGUGGUUAGUUAGUUAGCUAGUUAGCUGUCAAAAACAUGCUUCUUCAGACUUUCAGGCCAUGGCUGACCUUGCUCCGUUGCAGAGGAUUGCCAGUAGCAACAACACGAUUUUACCACGGUGACAGAGUCGCAGCCGUCGGUACACAGCCUGACACACAGUCCGCGGAGUUUGCGGAAAACUAUGAACGAAUGCAAGUCCUUGUUGAUGAGUUGAAAGGCAGAUCGGAGAAAAUCAAAUUGGGUGGAGGAGAACGUGCCAGAAAGCUACACAUCUCCAGAGGGAAGCUCCUCCCCAGAGAACGCAUAGACAGACUGCUGGACCCAGGGUCUCCGUUCCUGGAAUUCUCCCAGUUUGCAGCAUAUGAGCUCUAUGGGAAAGAGGAGGUUCCAGCAGGAGGCAUCAUCACAGGGAUUGGCAGAGUCUCAGGGGUGGAGUGUGUUAUUGUUGCUAAUGACGCCACAGUGAAAGGAGGCACCUACUACCCAGUCACAGUGAAGAAGCAUCUCCGAGCCCAGGAGAUAGCUCAGCAGAACCACCUGCCAUGUAUCUACCUGGUGGACUCCGGAGGAGCCAACCUCCCCAGACAGGCCGAGGUCUUCCCAGACAGAGACCACUUUGGACGGAUCUUCUUCAACCAGGCUCGCCUUUCCUCAGACGGAAUAGCACAGAUAGCGGUGGUUAUGGGGUCGUGUACAGCGGGAGGAGCCUAUGUUCCAGCGAUGGCUGAUGAGAGUAUCAUCGUCAGGAAACAAGGAACCAUCUUCCUGGGAGGACCUCCUCUGGUAAAAGCAGCAACAGGGGAGACCGUCUCUGCUGAGGAUCUUGGAGGGGCGGAUCUUCACUGCAGGAAGUCAGGCGUAACAGACCACUACGCUCUAGACGAUAGCCACGCCCUUCACCUGGCUCGCAAGGCCGUCCGCAACCUAAACUACACCAAGAACAUACAGGUGACCACAGAGACCCCCGAGGCGCCUCUCUACCCAGCUGAGGAGCUGUAUGGCAUCGUAGGAGCCAACCUCAAACGCAACUUUGACGUCAGAGAGGUGAUAGCCAGGAUUGUCGAUGGCAGCCGGUUUGAUGAGUUCAAAGCCUUCUACGGAGAUACAGUGGUCACAGGGUUCUCCAGGAUAUUUGGUUACCCUGUUGGAAUCAUUGGUAACAAUGGAGUCCUGUUCUCAGAGUCUGCUAAGAAAGCAACUCAUUUCAUAGAGUUAUGCUGCCAAAGAAACAUUCCACUUAUCUUUCUACAAAACAUCACGGGCUUCAUGGUGGGCAGGGAGUACGAGGCAGGUGGCAUCGCCAAGGACGGGGCUAAGAUGGUCACAGCGGUUGCGUGUGCCAACGUGCCCAAGAUCACGGUGAUCAUCGGCGGCUCGUACGGAGCGGGCAACUACGGCAUGUGUGGCAGAGCCUACAGCCCCCGGUUUCUGUACAUGUGGCCCAACUCCCGUAUCUCUGUGAUGGGUGGAGAGCAGGCUGCCACCGUACUAGCGACCAUCACUAGAGACCAGCGGACUAGAGAGGGCAAGGAGUUCACAGCAGAGCAGGAGGCCGCCAUGAAGGAACCCAUCGUCAAACGGUUUGAAGAGGAAGGAAGCCCGUACUUCUCCAGCGCUAGGCUGUGGGAUGACGGUAUCAUCGACCCGGCUGACACCCGUCUGGUUCUGGGAAUGAGUCUCAGUGCUACACUCAAUGCCCCGACACAGAGGACACGCUUCGGGGUGUUCCGGAUGUAGACAUCCACAGACCCACUGGAGGACAGGCUAAACAUCCACAGGCCCACUGGAGGACAGACUAGACAUCCACAGACCCACUGGAGGACAGGCUAAACAUCCACAGACCCACUAGAGGACAGGCUAAACAUCCACAGGCCCACUGGAGGACAGACUAGACAUCCACAGACCCACUGGAGGACAGACUAGACAUCCACAGACCCACUGGAGGACAGACUAGACAUCCACAGACCCACUGGAGGACAGGCUAAACAUCCACAGACCCACUAGAGGACAGGCUAAACAUCCACAGACCCACUAGAGGACAGGCUAAACAUCCACAGACCCACUAGAGGACAGGCUAAACAUCCACAGGCCCACUGGAGGACAGACUAGACAUCCACAGACCCACUAGUGGACAGACUGAACAUCCACAGACCCACUAGAGGACAGACUAAACAUCCACAGGCCCACUGGAGGACAGACUAGACAUCCACAGACCCACUGGAGGACAGACUGAACAUCCACAGGCCCACUGGAGGACAGACUAAACAUCCACAGACCCACUAGAGGACAGACUAAACAUCCACAGACCCACUAGAGGACAGACUGAACAUCCACAGACCCACUAGAGGACAGACUGAACAUCCACAGACAGACUAAACAUCCACAGACCCACUGGAGGACAGACUGAACAUCCACAGACCCACUGGAGGACAGACUAAACAUCCACAGACAGACUAAACAUCCACAGACCCACUGGAGGACAGACUGAACAUCCACAGACCCACUGGAGGACAGACUAAACAUCCACAGGCCCACUGGAGGACAGACUAAACAUCCACAGACCCACUAGAGGACAGACUAAACAUCCACAGACCCACUAGAGGACAGACUAAACAUCCACAGACCCACUGGAGGACAGACUAAACAUCCACAGACCCACUGGAGGACAGACUGAACAUCCACAGACCCACUGGAGGACAGACUAAACAUCCACAGACCCACUGGAGGACAGACUAAACAUCCACAGACCCACUGGAGGACAGACUGAACAUCCACAGACCCACUGGAGGACAGACUAAACAUCCACAGACCCACUGGAGGACAGACUAAACAUCCACAGACCCACUAGAGGACAGACUAAACAUCCACAGACAGACUAAACAUCCACAGACCCACUGGAGGACAGACUGAACAUCCACAGACCCACUGGAGGACAGACUAAACAUCCACAGACCCACUGGAGGACAGACUAAACAUCCACAGACCCACUGGAGGACAGAAUAGACAUCCACAGACCCACUAGUGGACAGACUGAACAUCCACAGACCCACUAGAGGACAGACUAAACAUCCACAGGCCCACUGGAGGACAGACUAGACAUCCACAGACAGACUCAACAUCCACAGACCCACUAGAGGACAGACUAGACAUCCACAGACCCACUGGAGGACAGACUGAACAUCCACAGGCCCACUGGAGGACAGACUAAACAUCCACAGACCCACUAGAGGACAGACUAAACAUCCACAGACCCACUAGAGGACAGACUGAAUAUCCACAGACCCACUAGAGGACAGACUGAACAUCCACAGACAGACUAAACAUCCACAGACCCACUGGAGGACAGACUGAACAUCCACAGACCCACUGGAGGACAGACUAAACAUCCACAGACAGACUAAACAUCCACAGACCCACUGGAGGACAGACUGAACAUCCACAGACCCACUGGAGGACAGACUAAACAUCCACAGACCCACUGGAGGACAGACUAAACAUCCACAGACCCACUAGAGGACAGACUAAACAUCCACAGACCCACUGGAGGACAGACUAAACAUCCACAGACCCACUGGAGGACAGACUGAACAUCCACAGACCCACUGGAGGACAGACUAAACAUCCACAGACCCACUGGAGGACAGACUAAACAUCCACAGACCCACUGGAGGACAGACUGAACAUCCACAGACCCACUGGAGGACAGACUAAACAUCCACAGACCCACUGGAGGACAGACUAAACAUCCACAGACCCACUAGAGGACAGACUAAACAUCCACAGACAGACUAAACAUCCACAGACCCACUGGAGGACAGACUGAACAUCCACAGACCCACUGGAGGACAGACUAAACAUCCACAGACCCACUGGAGGACAGACUGAACAUCCACAGACAGACUAGAGGACAGACUAAACAUCCACAGACCCACUAGAGGACAGACUGAACAUCCACAGACCCACUGGAGGACAGACUAAACAUCCACAGACCCACUAGUGGACAGGCUAAACAUCCACAGACCCACUGGAGGACAGACUAGACAUCCACAGACAGACUAGAGGACAGACUAAACAUCCACAGACCCACUAGAGGACAGACUGAACAUCCACAGACCCACUGGAGGACAGACUAAACAUCCACAGACCCACUAGUGGACAGGCUAAACAUCCACAGACCCACUAGAGGACAGACUAAACAUCCACAGACCCACUGGAGGACAGACUAGACAUCCACAGACAGACUAAACAUCCACAGACCCACUAGUGGACAGACUGAACAUCCACAGACCCACUGGAGGACAGACUAGACAUCCACAGACAGGCUAAACAUCCACAGACCCACUAGUGGACAGACUGAACAUCCACAGACCCACUAGAGGACAGAUUCUGGAGCCAGUCUGUACUGAUACAAGGACUGUAUCCUGUAUGGGAUGUCCCAAAUGAAACCCUAUUCCCUAUGUAGUGCACUACUACCCCAUGGGCCCUGGUCAAAUGUAGUGCACUUUAAAGGGAAUAGGGAGCCAUUUGGGACAAUGAUGUAUUUUGUAGAAACAGUAUAUUGCACAACCCCAGGCAGCGUUGUCAGUAGUGUGUGGUGACUGACCAUAGAAAAAGAUUUUGUUCUGGAAAACUACUAAACUGUCAUCUUUGUUAAACUGUAUCUGUAAUCAUUAAUCAGUGUCAAUAAGGAGACUUGUGUUAAAAGUCAAGAGAUAAGUAAUGGAACCUCAAGUGUCCUCCUGAUCACACUCCGUGCCUCUCUACUACUUCUGAUAUGGUCAAACAUCAGGAUUCGUAUCACACCUCUUCUGGGAACUGGGAGUCUCUAUCUAACUAACUCUGGUUUUUGUAUGUUGCUUCUAUUUGCUCUAGAUUUUGGAUUAACCCUGGUGUUCACCAAUUAAAUGAACUGACCGCACACGGAAA